ACAUUUGGCGAUAAUCUUUUCAUCAAAAUCCCGACUGACCAGGGCGGACACCACAUCCUCGUCUAUGACGCCGAGCAACGCUUGUACGACAACCUAUUUAUUGACAUUGCCUGGAGUAUAUGGAAAUGGGUAUCGUAACUACCCAGUCGCAUAUCAACACCACGAUCCAGAGUUGGUCUCGGUUGCAGAAUAUCCUUAAAGAUGGAGAAGUAGAGAUCGAUGGUAAAAAACUCGAUAUACCCUCAGUGGUCGCCGUGGCAUGUCAUAAUUGCAUACCGAAGAUUACUGAUGACCCCGGUGUCCUUGAAGAAAUCGAUGCCAGCAUACGGAUUUUGAAGGACCACCUAGAUAACGGUUAUAGUGUAUACGGAGUCAAUACUGGCUUUGGUGGAAGCGCAGACUCAAGGACCGAUAAAGUGGUUGCUCUCCAAUCAGCGCUACUGCAACUGACACAGGCUGGAGUUCUGCUGGAAUCGGAUAAGAGCGAAGGUGCGAGCAGAGCGCUCGAUUCACAUGCUAUGCCCGUUUCAUGGGUACGGGGUACGAUGUUAACCCGGUGCAAUUCAAAUCUUCGGGGACAUUCUGCAGUGAAACUGCCUGUACUUCAAUCGAUAGUUCAACUGCUCAAACGGGGAAUCACUCCAAUUGUUCCUCUUCGAGGUUCGAUAUCAGCUUCGGGAGAUUUGAUGCCACUAUCCUACAUUGCUGGGGCCAUCGAGGGCAACCCCGACGUGUACGUUUAUGCUCAAGGCCCUGAUAAAGCACGGAUAAUGAAGUCCAACGAGGGGCUGCAAUUUGCGGACAUAAAAGCCCAGAAAUUGGGACCAAAGGAAGGCCUGGGUCUGAUAAACGGAACUUCAACGUCUGCUGCAGUGGCUAGCUUGGUACUAUACGAAACAAAUCAACUGUCCGUGCUUGUGCAAGCACUCUCGGCCAUGGGUCUCGAGGCUCUCAUGGGGACUGCCGAGAGCUUCCACCCUUUCAUUUCCGCUGUUCGGCCUCAUGAAGGACAGAUUGAGUGUGGGAAUAACCUGCUUUACCUACUUCGAGGCUCAAAGCUUGCACAAAGCGUUGAUGCCCAGAAAUUUCAAGACCGUCCUGGUUUGAUUCAAGACCGGUAUGCACUGCGUUGUGUACCACAGUGGAUCGGACCACAACUAGAAGAUCUUAACCUCGCUCAUCGGCAAGUUACAACUGAGCUCAAUUCAACUUGUGAUAAUCCGCUUGUAGAUGUGAGGUCUGAGUCUGUCUUUUCAGGGGGAAACUUCCAGGCCGUAUCAAUAACUUCUGCUAUGGAGAAAACAAGAAUGUGUCUGCAGAUGUUUGGCAGACUUAUUUUCUCGCAAGCUACUGAGAUGAUUGAUCCCGAUUUGAAUAGCGGUCUUCCUACCAACCUCGUUGCUGAUGAUCCAAGCUUGUCAUUUACAAUGAAAGGUGUGGAUAUUAGCAUGGCAUCAUAUAUGGCAGAGUUGGGCUAUUUGUCAAACCCUGUGAGCUCACAUGUUCAACCGGCGGAGAUGCGAAACCAGGCCAUAAACUCCAUGGCUUUGGUAUCGGCCCGGUAUAGCAUGGAAGCUGUGGAGAUAUUAUCUCUCAUGUGUGCAUGCGAUAUGUACAUCGUCUGUCAAGCCUUGGAUUUGCGUGCCCUCCAUCUCGUUUUCUUGGAGAAGGCUAAGGUCCAGAUGAGCACCGUUACGUCGAGCAUAUUUUCCGUAUAUCUCUCCGAAUCAGCAUUAGCGGGCCUGUAUAAAUACCUGGACGAACAUUUGUCACAGUCGUGGCCGAUGACCAACCGCCUCAACGCCCCGGACCGUGUCCAUACCGUGGUCGAAAACGCGCUCUCGGUCAUUUUAGAAACCCUCAAAAACUACAAAGGGCUCCGAGAACCAGGAAUAGGAGAUUUAAAUUCGUGGAAGUCUCAGAUGCAUGAUUCCCUGAACCAGGUAUACCGAGAGACCGCGGAUGCAUUUUUCCUGAAACAGCACACCGCAGACCUUCUGGGUGAAGGAUCCAGGAUUUUAUAUCAAACAGUCCGAGAAGAACUCAGAAUCCCAUUCCACCAGGGUUUUGUUGAGCAUCCUACUUUGGACAACGAGAUCUUGAACGGCCGCUCUAAGAAGACCAUCGGGUCGUGGAUAUCUAUUAUUUACGAGGCGGUCCGUGAUGGCCGACUUAUGAACCCGUUAAUGCAGUCUCUUGCUUCUACAGCUAACAAGCCGAGCGGUAUGACGAUCCUGAGUAAACUCUAAGCCCCGUUGAUUCUAUUACUGGACUGGAUUGGGAUAUUAUUCUUCUGUGGUGAUCAGUUGGGGGCUGGGCGAAGCUAAGCCUUCCCAGAUACGUCGGCUUGAAUGCGUAUAUCCUCUCAAAAUCUGCUUGUUUAUUUAUUGCUGCCUCGCAUAAAUGCUUUUGAUGUCCU